AUGAUUUCUCAACCUUACCCUUUUUUCUCUUGGUUCACAAUUUCUUCGUAUCACACCCUCAGGCCUCACCUUGACCCCAACUCUUUACAUGGAUUGAAACUUUUAGCAAAGGUAGAAAUACUUGGAGUUUCUCUUCCAUGGAGAUUCAUUUUUGUCCGUGAGGGCCCUGGCACAAUGUUAUGUGAACAAGCCAAUAACUGUCAAAAGGAAACGAACCCCUUUUUAUCUAGUAUAGACUCCAACCUUGCUUCUGCUUUAUCCAAUGAUGAAGAGUUAACACGUGUGCAACAAUAUACAACUACCAGCACAUGGGUAGACCUUUUGACAGGGAGGAAAGGCUUUCGGGGUCCAUUUCUCAGCCCAUAA